GUGCGUAGUUCACCGUUUGCUUCUAAACUUCCUCUUACGAAAAUUAUAUUUCUAUAUAAAGUACCAGUAUCAAACUACGCGUCAGUGGUUAAGGGAAAACAAUAAUAUUUUUCGUUGGUAGUGUUCAAAAUUUAUUUUAAAGCAUCAUAUAAAUAUCAACUUUUAUUGGACUAAAUACUUGACAUAUAAUACGAGUCGAUAUGUCGAUUAAUAUGAAACGCACCUAAUGUACCUUCUUUUUUUUGGUUUUAACUGGAGCAUGCACCAGCCUUUAUGGACUACUGUUGCAGCGUUUUUGUUUAUAAAUGCUGAAAGAUGCCACCAAAGCAGAGAAAAAUAGCUAUUAUGGGUUACAGAUCCGUAGGCAAGUCAUCAUUGAGCAUACAGUUCGUCGAGGGACAGUUCGUGGAUUCAUAUGACCCUACUAUAGAAAAUACCUUUACAAAAAGUACUCGAGUAAAUAGUCAAGAUUAUGAAGUUAAGUUGGUAGACACAGCAGGUCAAGAUGAAUAUAGCAUAUUUCCUACACAGUAUUCUAUGGACAUCCAUGGUUAUGUCUUGGUAUAUAGCAUAACCAGUGCAAAGAGUUUUGAAGUUGUACAAAUUAUUUAUGACAAGUUAUUGGAUAUAACGGGAAAAGUCCAUGUUCCAAUUGUAUUAGUAGGAAAUAAAACGGAUUUAUAUGUAGAUCGAAUGAUAACAACAGAGCAAGGUAAGCGGUUGGCAGACUCUUGGCACGCAGCUUUCUUAGAAACCAGUGCUAAGCAAAACGAGUCUGUUGCAGAUAUUUUUCAUACAUUAUUGAUUGAAAUCGAAAAAGCAGAUGGAAAUGUACAAGAGAAAUCAAACUGCAUUGUUUCCUGAGCUAUAUUAGCUGGAAAUAUUAUAAUUCAAUGUAAAUGUAUAAAAACAAACGACAAAAUUGGCAUUAUAUUAAUAUACGUCCGGAAACAAAUUAAGUGUAAUAAUAUUAAAAAUAUAAAA